AUGGGAUACGGUAAAAAGAAGCGUGGAGCUAAUAAACGUCAAAAUAAAACUGAUAGCACAGGUGAGAAGAAGCAAAAAUAUUUCGAUGAACGUACACCCUAUGCUGAUAUUGAGAGAGAUAAUCUCAAGUUUAAAGAAUAUUAUCAGAAACAAAAUAUUUUACCUCCAGAGGAAUUCGAAGAAUUUUACUCAUUCAUAAAAACUAUUUUACCCAGUACAUUUCGUAUUACAGGCAGUAGAGCUACUGCUAUGGAGAUUUUAAAUGUCGUUCAAAACACUUAUGUUCCCAACAUGCAAAACGUGGUUAUUGAUGGUGUAAAGAUCGAGCCUCCUAAACCUUUACCUUGGUAUCCUGAUAAUCUUGGUUGGCAAGUGAAUGCACCUAGACUUGUCAUUAAAAAGUCGCCUGAAUUUCAAAAAUUCCAUAAAUUUAUGGUAACAGAGACAGAAGCUGGUAACAUAAGUAGACAAGAGGCUGUUAGUAUGGUACCUCCUCUUUUAAUGGAUAUUAAACCACAUCAAUGGGUGCUUGAUAUGUGUGCUGCUCCUGGAUCUAAGACUGCACAAAUUAUUGAAGCUGUGCAUUCAAAUGACAAAUUAAAUGAAAUGCCUACUGGUCUGGUUGUUGCUAAUGAUGCCGACUAUAAACGUAGUCACAUGUUAGUUCAUCAAUCUAAGAGAUUACAGUCUCCUUGUUUUAUGGCUACUAAUCAUGAUGGUGCUCAUUUUCCCAAUAUUCAUGUUCCUUGUAUUAAUGCACAAGACGAUCAAGAUUCACUCCCAUGGCAAUUUGAUCGUGUCCUUUGCGAUGUUCCUUGCAGUGGUGAUGGUACAAUUCGUAAGAAUGAAAAAAUUUGGUCAAAUUGGAGUCAUAAUGAUGGUCUUCAACUUCAUUCCACUCAAGUUCAAAUUUUUGCUCGUGGUUGUCAACUUGUUAAGCUUGGUGGACGUAUCGUUUACUCUACUUGUUCUUUUAAUCCAAUUGAAAAUGAGGCUGUUGUUGCUGAAGUACUUCGACAAACUAAAGGUGCUAUUCAACUUGUUGAUGUCUCUACCUCUUUACCUGAAUUAAAACGUAGACCAGGUUUAAGUACUUGGAAGGUAACUAAUAAGGAUGGUGUCUUUAUUGAUUCUAUUGAAGAUAUUCCUGAAAGGAGACAACGUGCAAAAUUCCCUCGUAGUGCUUUCCCACCUACUCCUGAAGAAGCAAAGGAAAUGCAUUUGGAAAGAUGUAUUCGUAUUUAUCCUCAUCAUCAAGAUACAGGUGGCUUCUUUGUUGCUGUUUUUGAAAAAGUAAAGCCUUUAACUGCUGCUGAUCGUAUCUCACUUGCUAGAUCACAAGGAAAGAACGUUUCCCAAAACGAUGUUGAAGAGGCUAAAAAAGAAAUGGAUGUCGUUGAAGAUAAGGAAGGUAAUGUAGCCCUCAAUGAUAUGGAUGAAGUCAUCCCUACUAAGCGUACAAGCACAGAUAAGGAAGAAGGAGACCAUGUAGAAGAAGGAUCGGUCAAGAAGAUCAAGACGGAUAAAACAGAGGAGGAGGAGGAAGAGAAAGUGAUUAAGCCAUAUGAAGGCAAACCUAAAAAAGAUGUUCCUGGAAUUAAAGAAGCUCCUUUCGAGAUGAUGCCUUCUAAUUCUAAUGACCUCGAUGAAAUUACCCAAUUUUAUGGUCUUGAUCCUAAAUUCCCUCGUGACCAAUUUUUAUUGCGCUCGGAUGGCAAUGCUAAGGGUCGUAGUCUUUACUUUGUCUCUAGUUCUAUAAAAAGAGUUAUUGAAUCUAAAGACUUUUCUCGACUUCAAACUGUCAAUACCGGUGUCCGUCUCUUUGUACGUCAAUCAUCUCCUGUUGAGAAUGGUUCUCCUUUCCGUUUAACUUCUGAAGGUCUUCCUAUUCUUGAUACCGUUUUAAGUGAUAAGCGUCGCAUUACAAUUGAUUUGGAAACACUCAAGACAUUGUUAGUUGAAGCCUUUCCCAUCUUGGAAGAGUUCAGUGAAGAAGUUAGAAAGAUGGUAACUCCUAUGGAGAAUGGUUGUUGUAUUGCCCAUGUAAAGACGGAUGAUGAAAACAACAAAUUUAAAUUUACUGUUCCCCUCAUUUUACCUGUCUGGAAGGGUAAAAACUCACUUAAUGUGUUAUUAAACAAGAAUGACAAAAGAGCUUUGUGUCAGCGUAUCUUUGGCAUAAUACCCGGAACUACACCUGAACAUCUUUUGCAAAGAUCGCUUGAAAAUCAAAAGGAGAAGUUAGCUGCAGACGCAGCAGCAGCAGCAGCAGCACCAGCUUCUGUUUCCCAGGAUGAAAGUAAUACAGCUUAA